UUAUACAUAUUUUUAUAAUAAGAUAACAUGGCUUUUAUCAAAAAAUUAUUUAAUAUUACCAAUUUUGAGAAUAAAAAGAAAAAACUCGAUAUUCACCAGUAUUUAAAUCUCAAUGAGGACCCAGAACAGAUUUGGGAUCUUAUAAAAGAAUUAGGUGAUGGUGCAUAUGGUAAAGUCUAUAAAGCUCAGAACAAACAGACCAACAUUUUUGCUGCAGCCAAAAUCGCAGAAAUUCAUAACGAGGACGAACUUGAUGAUUUUACCGUUGAACUCAAUAUAUUGUUCGAAUGUAAACACAAAAAUAUUGUUGGGUUGCAUGAAGCUUAUUAUUUCAAGCAAAAAUUAUGGAUACUAAUUGAAUUUUGUGAAAUCGGGGCCAUAGACAAUGUGAUGAUGGAAUUAGAGAAACCUUUGACGGAACCGCAAAUCAAAUAUAUUUGUCACGAAAUUUGUCACGCCCUUGAUUUUCUGCAUCGAAACAAAAUUAUACAUAGAGACAUUAAGGCAGGCAAUGUCUUGUUAACGAAGGACGGCCAAAUAAAACUAGCCGAUUUUGGAGUUUCUGCCAAAAAUACUAACACACUUCAAAAAAGGGAUUCAUUUAUCGGAACACCAUAUUGGAUGGCACCCGAGGUCAUGCUUUGCGAGGCAAUAAAAGAUAACCCUUAUGAUUACAAAGUCGAUAUUUGGAGUUUGGGUAUUACUCUCAUAGAAUUUGCACAAAUGGAACCUCCAAAUCACGAAAUGAAUCCGAUGCGCGUUUUGAUAAGAAUCCAAAAAUCGGAUCCUCCCAUUUUAAAUAACCCAAGCAAAUGGAGCAAAGAAUUCAAUAAUUUUUUAUCUCGAUGUUUGAUAAAGGAUCCGCAACAAAGAGCUACUAUUCACGAACUUUUUCAACACAAAUUCAUGACUGAAGUCCUAAACCCGAAACCCAUUCAAGAUUUAAUAACCGAAUUUCAGGCCGAGGUAUCUGAAGUUUUAGAAGAGCUAAUCGAAAAUGUUAACGAUAAUAUAGAUUCAGUAUCGAAUUACGAUAGUUUUUCAAACGAAUACAGUGACGCUAACUUAGAUAUAAUCACGAAAAAAGUGGGCGUUAAAGCCAUCGAUAUUAAAACGCUGGGAAAGGAUGGUCAGAUUCCCAAAUCAAAUCUAUUAUCUCAGGUACCUCUGACUAUAAUUCCACCCGAUUGUGAACUCAAUCAAUCCAUCGAAUCUCCUAUAGUCACCCAUAAAGGUGAAAUCACCUAUAUAGCUCUCACUGAUAAAAACAAAAUUACUAAACCUGACGAAGCUCUAACCCUUCCUAUUCGGGAGGAGGCUAAAAAUGAUUUGUCUGAACUUGGAAAAAAUUAUUCCAGUAAUAUUUCUCUAACAGAUGAUAAGUGCGUUAAUGAUAAAUUGCAUAUUAAUCCUCCUAGUCCAGUUUUACAAGAAAAUGAGACCAGACCCAUAACAGGAUUGAACAAAUCAUAUAACGAACGCAACUAUUCACAAGAGCGCAGAGAAUGGCCACUUGAAAAAUGUCCUUCGCCUUACGUUAUUUAUAGACCCUUUUCUUUUGCCUCUCGUUCAAAAUCGAGUUCAGAAAUAUCAGUAAACAAACCUUUUUCUAUCAACAAAAACCAUAACACAAAUAGUAUAGUCGUCGACAAUAUCUCAAAAAUUUCUUCGUACACAAGAAAUACGACCUCUUCUGUUUCUGAUUAUGACCGUAUAAAGAAUUUACCUCUCGACAUCCAAACCUUCAAUUUGGAUGAUUCCCAAAAUGAUUCCCUUAAUAAUACCGGGAGGGGCAACAAUCGAAUCAGUUAUCCUUACAUUAAAUUCCCGACUCAACAAGAUAUAUACGCCACCGAGUCGAAUUAUUCUAUAAUGAAUCCUAUGCACACUUACACAUACAGUUCUGAUCCCUUGUCUCGCAGGGUAAACAAGGAUAAUUCUUUAUCCACACCCUUUAUCGACAGUGACAAAAAUUUUCUUAGACCCAAGUCCUCUUCAUCAUUCAUUCACCCUAUCCAGUAUAUAACGCGAGACGUUAAAUAUCUCAAUCUUAACGCCGUUCAUUCUUCGUCAUCUAUAUCAUCUUUUACCUGUCCUAAUUACCCACAAUAUAAAAAAAACAUCUCCUCUGAUGCCUCCUCAUUUUCGUCCAAUAAUCAUUCAAAUUCAUCCCUAUCAGUCCAUGUUUCCAAAGAUGUAUCCAGCCAAAACAACAAGGAUCAUUUCACUAUUGAUUCGUUUAUAACCUCUCAAAACACCGAUAUUUCAAGCAAGGAUCAAAAUCAUAAAAAGUCUAUUUCUAAACCAGAAAUUUUUUUGCCUUCUGGUACAAACAUAACUGACAACAUUGUCAAGGCAAAAAACAAUGGAUAUAAAAUGAGGACAAUAAAAACGAUGAGGAAAUUUGUUAUAGAUGGGGUUUUAGUCACUACUACCACAAGUAAAAUAGUGUCUCCCGGAAAUGAGAACAAGAAUAAAAAGGAUUAUUUGAACAGAAAGUAUGCCCUUCGAGAAUUGAAAUACAUUCAAAAGUUGGAACAUAAACAAUUUCAGGAGCUAUAUUACAAAGCUCAAUUUUUGCGCGAUCAACAAGAGAAAUUAUUCGAUAUGGAAUUACAGAGUAUCAUGAAAAAUUUCGACCAUCAGUUAGAGAUGCUGAAUCGACAACAAAAGCAGCAAGUUAUGAAAGCUGAAAGGUUUCAAGCUUUCGAUUUAAAAUCGGCUCAAAAGCGCGUCAUUAAAAAUCAAGAAAAGGAAUACAAGGCAUUCAAAGAAAAUUUUAAAUGCGAGUUAAAGUACAUGAAGCAGGAGAUGGAAAAUGCUCCUCGGGUUCAGAAAAAAGAUGUCUUCAAAAAGAAGAAAGAAUUUAUGGAUGCAUCGCAAGAAGAAAGGGUUCGUUCGUUGUUGAUUUUAGAAGAUAUAAAAGUUAACGAUUUAGAAAUAAUAUUGAAUGGUAUAAACGAUCAUCAUCAAGAAAAAAUCGCCGUUUUAGAGGCUCAAAUCUUACAACAAAAACAUCACAUAUUAAGAAUGAGAGAAAAUACUCUAAUCGAAUUGGAAGAACGUCACUUCUGCGAUAGGCAUCAUUUAUCUAAAAGACAUUUGAAGGAUAUCUUCUUUCUGCAGCGACAUCAAAUGCUCACUCGUCACGAUAAAGAAUUGGAACAAAUCAAAAAGGAUAACGAUGAAAAGGUCGAGGACCUUAAGAGAAGGCAGAUAGUCGAAUUAAAAUCUUUCCCUAAAAGGAUGAAGAGUGAAAUGAGAACGAGGCUCACCAUGUUUAAGGAGAGUGUAAAAAUUCAAAUGCCAGGUUCAAGUUCGGAUCAAGAAAAAAUUCUCAUAAAAAAUUUUGAGGAAAAGGAGAAAAGACGUUAUAAAGAAGAACAAACUCGCUUAGAACAAAAACAUUCAAAGCAACUUCAAGAUUUGUUGGAAAAAAACGAAAUUAUGAUUAAAGAAUUGGAAAUUAACCAGCAUGAAAAGCGAAAAAUGCUCAUGGAACACGAAACAUUAAAAUUGAAACAGAAGGAUAAUGAAUUUAAUCAAGAUUUCAAGGCAUGGAGCGCUUCAGUAGAAUCACGAAAAUUGAAAUUAGAAGAAGAUUUUAAAAGAGAAUCUCAACAACAAAAAGAGUUUUAUGAUACAGCUUCAUUAGCCGAAAGUAUAGCGGGCCAUUCAUUAAACGUUUUUAAUAACUCCAAUUUUAUCUUUUCCAACUCUUCGCAAUCUAAAUUGAGCGAAAAUUUUAUCAAAAAUUUAUCUUUUGACAACGGGCGAAGAAACAAUGAAUACUUCAAAAAAAGUUCUUACGAAUCGGUAGAUAAUGAUAUCAUGUUGGAUCAACGAAAAUCGGCUUACGACCCUCACAACAUAUACUUGACAAAUUCAUCGUCAAAACCCUAUCUCCAAUCUCCGGCUAUCUUCGAUUCAUCCGCAUUAGGACAUGGUGAAGACAAUGUUGGAUACAGACAUCAAAUAUAUAAUCUCAUGAACGACGCAUACGAAAAUAAGUUCGAAACCAAUUUAAAUCCCCGAAUAAUUGAUUUUCACAGUCAAACGGAUAUUGAAAAUCAUCUUUAUCCUAUCGACGAUAUAGAUACUUUUUAUACUGAAUCUAUUUAAUCCAUUUCUUAUAAUAUUUUUGUACUCGCAUAACUUUUGAUUACAAAGGUUAAUUUUUAUAUAAAAAUGAUUAUCAAUAAAAUUAUUUAUAUUUAACGCUCGAUAUUUUAUUUAAUUAUUAUUUUUAUACCUCCAUUAAAUUUAACUAAAGUAUCAACAAGUUGCACUAGCUUUUAAUAGCAAA